UCUACGUACAAAAUAGCGAUUGCCCAAACACCUGCAGCAGCGUCGCCAUUUUGACUUGUAAACAUAAACAGAUAAAACAGAGGGUAAAGUAGCUGCUCUUCCUUGCCCAAUGGGACAUUCCGGUUUCGCGUAGAAGGGGUUGGGCGCAGAAAAUUCUGUUUUGGAACCAUUUGGUAAUUUGUGGUUAGAAGCGCCGAUGGCUCCCCAAUACGCACAGAGUCUCCGCUUUCGUCUGCCGCCUCUGCUCUUUUUCCUGCAGACGGGAUUCAUCGUAGUAUUUAUUUUUUAUGUUGACAUUGAACAAAAUGUACAAACUAAACAACAUGCAUUCAACAACUAUUACUCAGAAUUUCAGGAUGUUCAUGUGAUGGUGAUUCUGGGUUUUGGCUUUCUGGCCACAUUCCUGGUGCGGUACAGCUUCAGUGGAGCAGGAUUUACCCUCCUAGUGGCAGCCAUGGCUGUCCAGUGGGCAGUUAUCCUGAACGGUGUUGAGUCUAUGUAUCACAGAGGAAAGAUCUGGAUAAAUAUGAGAAGCUUGGUUGUUGCAGAGAUGUGCACAGCUUCCUCCCUCAUUGCCAUAGGUGCUGUCCUUGGGAAGACCAAUCCUGUCCAUCUCCUUCUUAUUGCCCUGUUGGAGAUAUCUGGAUUUGUGCUGAAUGGCUGGCUACUCCAGACAUUCCUAAAGGUGCAGUUUCUGAAUACCAUCAUGCUGCUCCACAUCUUUGGGGCCUUCUUUGGGCUGAUGUUAUCAUGGGUCCUGUACAGACAGGGAUCCGAGCAACAGCAUGAGAAAGAGAAAAUUGACCGCAAGACCGGUCUGUUCUCUGUAAUGGGGACUCUGUUCCUGUGGAUGUUCUGGCCCAGUUUUAACUCUGUGCUGGUAGAGGUGGAUCAUCUUGACAGGGGGAGGAGCCUGAGAGCUGUCUACAGCACCUACCUGGCCCUGGCAGUCAGUGCAGUCACAGCUGCUGGUUUCUCUGUCCUCACUAGUCCCCAAGGGAAACUCAACCUGUUUCAUAUUCAGAGAUGUACUCUUGCUGGUGGUGUUGCUAUUGGGGUUGCUAUGUCAGCCGUUCAUUUGCCGUGGGUAGCUAUGGCGAUUGGAUUUGCUGCUGCACUGAUAUCAACCUUGGGAUCCCGAUACAUUAAGGUACGUAUAAACAAAUUCCUGAAUUGCCCAUGGGCUUUCACUAUCUCAUAUUACUGCUUUUUUCUCUUUCAGCCCCUCAUGCUGUUUGCAUUUGAGUGUCAUGACACCUGCGGAGUCCUUAGUGUCCAUGGUCUGCCUGGAAUCCUGGGGUGGAUGGUUCAACUUUUCCUACAGAUCGCUGACUCUGAUGAUCUCACAACGGCUGUCCGAUUUGCUGUGUUCCACAUUUGCACGCUCCUCAUCACCCUGAGCCUGAGCAUGAGUCUGGGACUCAUCACAGGUUUUCUUCUGAAAUGUAAUUUCUGGAGGCCACCCCAGAACAAGAAAUGCUUUGAUGACCAGGCCUUCUGGGAGUUUCCCCACCUAUCAGGGAAAAGGUGAGAGGUUGGAAAAGAAAAAAAAGGAAAAAGUGUUGAGUGUCAGGAGAACAAUGAACCAAUCAUUUCAACCAUACAAUAUUCCCAUGCAUCUUCAACUUAUUACAUUUUUCAAAAUGUGUUCUAUGUGAAAACUGCACUGGAAUAUGUGAUUGUGAUUAUUUUGUGUUAGUCAAACUUUAAAUAUUAGCCAAGAGAAGAGAGAAACUAGCCUGUGAGAGCAGCGAAUAAAGAUUUGUCAUGUUGUA